UGUACAUUGUGCAUGUAAAGCGUAACGUAAUCAGCUGUAAGACGUUUGUAGGGUACGAGUUCAGAGGACGUUAUUUAACGAAGCUUAAAAAAGAGACAAGAAAAAGGGAAAAGUUAGUAGAAAACCUCAGAUAUGAGCUAUGAAUUCUUCUCCAACAUCAAGGUCAUCAGGAUUCACUCAUACCAUACAAUUAAACUUCAAGAACCCAGAAUAUGGACUUAAGAACCUCCGACAGAGAACAGGACCUUUGCAGCCUCAGCACUUCAACACUAUUGACAUUCCUAAAGCGAUGCUCACAGCUCCAUUCUUACAGUACUCAGCCUUGACGCCAGGUCAGAAGCGCUAUUUGUGUAGCAUAUGUGAAGCGUACAGCGAGGCUCACAUGCGAACGCUGAUGCAGCAACACUACCUGAACGUGCUUCACAGAUCUAUCAGAACAGGCAACUUCAUCACUAACACACAACUGAGAAAGUCUCCACCAGACCUGGAUUACAGCUCAACACAACAAAAGGAGAGAUCUGAUGGAAAGGCAAAAGGACAAAAAGACAAAAGUAGAAGCAAAGAGAUGACUGUUUUUCCUAAAAUCAACAGACAGCAAAAAAGUUUUCCCUCCAGGUCUCCAGAAUCAAUCCUAAAAAAAUCAGGGCCAAGACUGAAAAAGGAAAAUCAUGGCUUAAUAUAAAGAGAAAACAUCCAGAGGAAGGCAAUAAAGGUAUAAAGAAUGGACAGAGGAUAAUUCUCUGCUUUCUGAUAUUAACCCCCUUCAGUCCUUUCCCCU